AUGGGUUCUUUGUUAGUCCAUUUGUUCCCUAAAAGACUGCUUAGUGCUUCUACUGAGAACACUCUUGCUUUUUUAGUGUACGAUGAGAAGUUCUUUUCUGAAUUAGCAAGGGAGGCUUCAGAGGUAGCAGGAUGUUUCAGCUCAAGAGGGCGUCACAGUCUGCUCCAUCUCCAUGUUGCUCCUGGAGGUAUUCAGAGAUAUAUGUGGAGACUGCGUCAUUGCUUCACAGAUGAUCAGCAAGUCAUGGUUCAAGAAGGAAGGCUUUUACUUGAUUAUGUUACCAUGAAUGCUAUUGCUAUUCGAAAGAUAUUAAAGAAGUAUGACAAAGUACAUGGAUCUGUUACUGGCAGAAAUUUUAAGACUGAAAUGCAUGAUAAGAGGAUUGAACUUUUGCAGUCACCUUGGCUAAUUGAAUUAGGUGCAUUUUAUGUAAACUUUACGAGGUCGAACAUUGGAGAACCUGGAGAAUUUUUUAGAAAAUUCUCGUGUGAUUUAAGUGGUGCACAACCUGUAAUGUCUAUGACCUUUUCUGACUCUAUUAAGUAUGAGUACAGUCUUACAUGUGCUGUUUGCCUAGACACUGUAUUUAAUCCAUAUGCUUUGAGCUGCGGACAUCUUUUCUGCAAAAACUGUGCUUGCUCUUCAGCUUCUAUGCUGAUUUUCCAAGGUCUCAAGACAGCAUCUAAGAAAGUGAAGUGUCCUGUGUGUAGAUCGAAAAUGUCUGAUUGCAAGUUCUUCCCUAUCACAUUUGAAACAUUUUCCAUUUCUUCACUACAGGGAGAGGUGCCAAAUCUAAAGCCUGCAUCGAUUCAGCUAUGCCCUCACAUUGCCAAGGAUUGGUUUUAUGGUGAAGAUAAGGAACAUAACAUUAAAGUGGUUGUUCCAUGA